AUGAAAAUGAAUGCAUAUUUAUCCUUUCUUAAAGCUUUUAAUGAAAGUGGACAAUUAAAGAUGAUGAAGAGAGGAGCUUAUAGUCAGUAAUGUGAAAAUUUCAGAAUGCCCUACAAAAUUAUGCAAACAUUUUAGAUAAACAGAAGAGAAUUAAUAAUGGCAAAUACUACAAAAUAUCUUUUACCUGGAACAAAUGACAAUAUGAUGCCAUUAGGCAAUCAGUUAGCACCAUCGUCAUGUAUGAUGUAUGAAUUAAGCUCAGUUAAUCGUAAUCCAUCGAUGAAUGAAACAAACCCAUUGAAACGACAUUUAUCAAUUCGUGUUAGAAUUUAUCACUACUGUGUACUAUUCACUUCAGUAUUCGGUUUAAUUAGUAUAUCAACAGCUUCUGUGAUAUUUUAUUUACACACAGGCUACAAUUUAAAUCAAGAAAGAUAUCAAGUGAAUAUUGUUCAGAUGUCAAAGGAUGUUAGAGAAUUCUUUACAUACGCCAAAUGGAUUUCCCUUUGUAUAUUUUGUUUUGGAUUAUUAUUAUUAUUCAUAAGUAUUAUUCUUUGUUAUUUUCAUAAAUCGUUUACUAGUAGUUCUUCAGCUAUUAGACCUGAUCAUCAACGAAUAAGUACAAAUACAAGUAAUAUACAAGCGCCAACAAUAGUUCAUAACACUAGUAAUAACAGCAGUAAUCACUGCCUUAUAUCAGUAUCAACCAGCCAAGUGUAAUGUUUAACUAAUUUAAUGGAGAACAACUGGAGCUCACGUUAAUGAUUCCAGUAUUACUUCGUUUUCUUAGAUGGAUGUUUUGAUUGUAAAGCCUUCGCAUUCAUUCUGGACGAAGUGAUUAACGUCAAGUUGUAAGAAAAGUGAAGUUUUUGAAUUUCCAAUAGGUGCAGUGAGAAUCCAUCAUGACUAUCCUGAUAAGAAUAUUGGAGAUCUUCUUACCGUGUUCAUUUAUAUUUUGCUAAAUUUACAUUUGAACUCUUGACUGCGCAGACAUAUGCAUCUAAACUUGGACACAUAUAUACAUCAGAAUAUGAUUCGAGGUUUUCUAUAUUUUGGGGUUUAGAAGUCGAUUUUCCGGAUGUAUAAUGAUGUAAAUAUGUAAAUAAAUGUUUUACUUUCUGAUGAGAAAUUGUUUGCUAUUGAAUAACACAAAUGAUGAUAUAUGACUACUGACUUACGGGAACCGUCCACUCUGUGGAAUGUUCUCUUUGUAACAUCUUGUCUAUUUAACAACAAUCUUGAGCAAGGUAAGCUUCAAUUUUUUUUAUCAAAACCUACAGUAUUCACAGCAGCGCAUUAUCUCUUUAAAUUAUUUGAAAAAAGACCUUAGACUCAAACU